AUGCAUCGAAGACUGAGGACGUCCCGACCGACCGAGGCGCCCCCUCGCCAUUUCCACUUUGAGAACUUCUGCCCUUCCGAUCCUCUCGAUCUGCACACUGAAGUUUUUCGCCUUUUCCGACAGACCUUGGCGAAGAUGGAGAAAGGGGCGCUGCUGGCCGAGGGUAAGACGAAGAGGAUCUACGAGAUACCGCAGGAGCCGGGCCUCGUGCUCGUGGAGUCGAAGGACCGACUCACGGCCUUCGGGGGGGCCAAGUCCCACGAGGUGGAUGGGAAGGCUCACCUCGCCACCAGGACCACCUCGCUCGUCUUCGCCUUCCUCCGAGACAUCGGGAUGAAGACGCACUUCGUGAGGGAGGAGGGCGAGAAAGCGUUCGUGGCCAGGCGCUGCCACAUGAUCCCGCUGGAGUUCGUGACCAGGCGGGUCGCGACUGGGUCGUAUCUCAAGAGGCAUCCGCACGUCGGCGAGGGAUUCCGGUUCUCGCCGCCGAAG